CCUCUGUAUCCGUCAGGUGUAAAUAAUAUGACGUCAAAAAUUGUAUUCAAGAUAAAUGGAAAACAAUAUCAAGCAAACGGCAAAUUCGGUCCAGACAUGUCUUUGAACGAGUACAUCCGUACAAUAGCAGACCUACGCGGCACGAAGGCGAUGUGUCAUGAGGGUGGCUGCGGUGCUUGUAUAGUCUCCGUACGCGCCGCCACACCGCCCACUGAUGAGAUGAAGACAUUUGCCGUCAACUCCUGUCUCGUUUCCAUCCUCUCCUGCCAUGGCUGGGAGAUCACGACAGUGGAAGGGGUUGGCAACCGGAACAAAGGUUACCACGACAUUCAGACCAGACUGGCCAAGUUCAACGGGACGCAGUGCGGGUACUGCACUCCUGGCUGGAUAAUGAACAUGUACAGCCUCCAUACAGCAAAGAAAAGCAAACUAACUACAACAGAAAUUGAGAAUUCAUUUGCAGGCAAUAUCUGCAGAUGCACAGGCUACAGACCAAUCGCAGAUGCAUUCAAAACCUUCGCCACAGAUGCUGACAAAGAUCUCGUCAAAAAACUGACAGAUCUUGAAGAUUUAGGAAUGUUUAAACCUUGUGGAGUAUCUUGCAACAAAAAAUGUCCACACAAGAACAGAGAUAAUGACAAACUUGAUAAUAUUAAUUUUGAAGAAGUUAAACUUGAUAAACUUAAUUUUGAAGAAUUUAAAGGAAAAUCAGAUGAUGAUUGGUGUAUUGUAGAAAAAUCAAGCAAGGAAUUAAUAACUUUGGAGUAUGGUGCACAGAAAUGGUACAAAGCUUUUACACUUAAGCAUGUGUUUGAAAUUAUGGGAAUGUGUAAGGAAUACAAAUUGAUUGCUGGGAAUACGGGACAAGGUGUCUACCACGUAGAAAAAUACCCUCCAAAUGUGAUAGACAUAUUUAACGUGGCUGAAAUAAAAGGAUACAUUAUGGAUGUAAACCUAGUCAUGGGAGCUGGCAUGACACUGACAGACAUGAUGGAGCUUUUCUUACAGUUGUCAGCGCAAAAUGAAGACUUCGCUUACCUUAAGCAGUUUCAUGAGCACAUGGACUUAGUUGCCCAUAUUCCAGUGAGAAAUAUUGGCACAAUCGGAGGAAAUCUGUAUUUAAAAUAUGUUAACAACGACUUUCAAUCAGAUUUAUUUUUGCUUUUCGAAACCGUUGGAGCUAUGGUAACGAUAGCGGAAGGAGAGCGGAAAACGAAGGCUGUAACGUUGCCGGCGUUCCUGAAAACUAACAUGAAAAGAAAAAUAAUACUCAAUAUUAUGCUUCCGCCUUUAUCGAAAUGCUGUUCGGUUAAAACUUACAAGAUUAUGCCCCGCUCACAAAACGCGCACGCCGUUGUAAAUGCUGGUUUCCUCUUCAAAUUCAAACGCGACACAAACAUUAUAGAAAAAUCCACGUUGAUUUUUGGAAGCAUAUCAGCCAACUUCAUUCACGCUGAGAAAACGGAAAGCGCCUUGAUUGGCAAAGACCUGUUUACCAAUGAGACUGUGCAAUUAGCUGUGAAGACUUUAUUUGAAGAAAUUAGGCCGGAAGAGGCGCCGCCGGAACCCGGGGCGGCUUACCGACGGAUGCUGGCUGUUGCUCUUUUCUACAAGGCGGUGCUAUAUUUAUGUCCUGACGGAAAACUAGAUCCUAGACUCCGGUCUGGCGGUGAAGCGAUAAAAAGAAGUACAUCUCAGGGCACACAAACCUUUGACACGGACAAAAGUGUCUGGCCUUUAAAUCAGCCAAUACCAAAAUUAGAAGCCUUGGUACAAUGUAGUGGUGAAGCUACUUUUGCUAAUGACUUGCAGUCGGUGACUGACGAAGUUUAUGGUGCAUUUGUUUGUGCUGAUGCUAAACCUGGCAGUGUUAUUAGCGGAUUUGAUAAUACCGAAGCUAUGAAACUUCCAGGAGUUUUAGCGUUCUACACCGCUCAAGACAUACCAGGAGUUAAUUCAUUUACAACUAUACAACGUCCGCUAAUUGUUGAGAGAGAAGAAAUUCUAUGCUCCAAAGACGUAAAGUUCUACGGUCAACCUGCAGCGAUAAUCGUGGCUAAUAGAGAAAAGACCGCAAAUAGAGCUGCAAAACUUGUCAAAGUAAAAUAUGCUAGCAUUAGUGAAAAACUUCCUUUAUUAACCGUUAAAGAUGUUCUAAAAUCAUCUGAAAAGAAUAAACGAAUAAAGAAUAACAAGACAGUAGAACCAGUUGACAUUGGUAAUGACGUACAUUUGGUGUUGAAAGGGGAAUUGAGCUUGGAAACACAAUACCAUUAUUAUAUAGAGCCUCAAACGUGUGUAGUAAGCCCUACUGAAGACGGGAUGGAAGUAUACUCGUCCACUCAAUGGUUAGAUAUGACCAAUGUGGCUGUAGCGCAAUGCUUAAAAAUGCCGGCAAACAGUGUCAACGUGAUCGUCCGUCGAGUGGGCGGCUCGUACGGCGGUAAAAUAUCGCGAUCUGUUCAGAUCGCGUGCGCAGCCGCGAUAGUCUCACACUUGCAGAACAAGACUUGCCGGUUCAUAGUGCCUCUGCAAACCAACUUUAAAAUCUCUGGAAAGAGGAUACCAACAUAUUCCAAUUUUGAUGUUGGAGUUAAUAAAGACGGUGUAAUACAGUACUUAAAGAAUACAUUUUAUCAAGACAACGGCUGUUCGGAUAACGAGACCAUAAGCCCAAUAACCAUCAAUCAUUUCCUUAACUGCUACGAUUCAAGGCGGUGGUACAUAGAAGCUAACAGUGUAGCUACUGACACCCCUUCUAAUACGUGGUGUAGAGCUCCUUCUUCAACAGAAGGCGUGGCUAUGAUAGAAAAUAUAAUGGAACAAAUAGCUCACAAGCUAAAUAAAGAUCCAUUAGAAGUAAGACUUAAAAACAUGAAUAAGGAAGGCAACCCGGUUCCUGAUUUAAUUGAGCAACUAAAGAAAUAUUCCGAUUUCGAGAAUCGAUGUAAAGAGGUUGAGGAGUUCAACAAAAAGAACAGAUGGCGCAAACGAGCGCUGAACCUUCUUCCAAUGGCAUACGACCUAUUUUACAUUGGCAAUUUUAAUUCAAUAGUAUCAGUCCUACACGGAGAUGGUUCGGUAGUCAUAACUCACGGUGGUAUCGAAAUGGGACAAGGUAUUAACACGAAGGUUGCUCAAGUAGCCGCUUACAUACUCGGUGUACCGUUAGAAAAAGUCAGUAUUAAACCAAGUACGAGUUUUACUUCUCCUAAUUCCAUGACAACUGGUGCUAGCAUUGGUAGUGAAUGCGUAGCUUUUGCUACUAUGAAGGCAUGCGAGAUUCUAUUGGAGAGAUUGGAGCCUAUAAGAGCAAAGAUGGAUAAGCCUUCUUGGGAAGAAUUGGUGGAAAAAGCGUACAAGGCAGGGUUAGACCUGCAAGCUUCUCAUAUGUAUUCAAGCAAUGAUGGAGUAAAACCUUAUUUCAUCUACGGAGUUGUUGCUUUAGAACUCGAAGUUGAUAUCUUGACUGGUAACCAUGAUGUAAGAAGAGUAGAUUUGCUUGAAGAUACCGGGAGAAGCUUGAGUCCAGAAAUUGAUGUUGGUCAAGUUGAAGGUGCUUUCAUCAUGGGCCUCGGCUAUUUCACAUCCGAGAAGACCCUAUACGACUCAGCGACAGGACAGCUCCUCACUGACCGCACUUGGACCUACAAACCACCAGGCAUCAAGGACAUACCUGCUGACUUCAGGGUCUACUUCAAGAGGAACGGGACUAACCGAUUUGGAGUUUUACAGUCUAAAGCAACUGGCGAACCGUCGCUAUGUCUAUCAUCUGUGGUGGUCCAUGCAUUACGGCAGGCAGUACGCUCGGCGCGGCUAGACGCUGGACAGCAGGAUGACUGGAUUGAGAUGGGUCUGCCCUGCACUGUGGAGAACAUCUUUACAGCGGUUGGGCACAAGCUAGAAGACUUUAAGUUUCAUUUUAAAACACUUUUUGUACUCACCGGUACGAGCACCCCGCCCAUACGCUCGAAGCGUUGCAAUACAGACAAGUAUUCUGACGGCCGCCUUCAAAGACGCCACCACGGAAGAAUGCAAUUGCCAAAGCACCUGAAGAUAGCCGCCGGAUCUGCGGGGGCUGCCAUCUUUGGCAUUCUGUUCGGUUGGGUCAUAUUCCCUGCCAUACUCAAGUCACAACUCAAAAAGGAGAUGGCUCUGACGGCGAAGACGGACGUUCGUCAGAUGUGGCAGAAGAUCCCCUUCGCCCUGGACUUCAAGGUGUACCUGUUCAACUACACCAACGCCGCGGAGGUCCAGAAGGGAGCUAUACCCAUCGUGCAGGAAAUUGGGCCCUAUUACUUUGAGGAAUGGAAAGAGAAAGUAGAAGUAGAAGAGAACGACGCAGAAGACACGAUCAACUACAAGAAGGUGGAUGUGUUCUACUUCAAGCCAGAAAAGUCGGGCCCAGGACUGACUGGUGAAGAGGUCAUCACAAUGCCUCAUCCAUUUAUGUUGGGUACGGCAACAGUUGUCUACCGCGACAAGCCAGCCAUGCUCAACAUGAUCGGCAAGGCCCUCAACGGCAUCUUCGACAACCCUGAAGACAUGUUCCUCAGGGUCAAGGCCCUUGACAUUCUGUUCAGGGGCCUCACCAUCAACUGCGCGAGGACGGAGUUCGCGCCGAAAGCGGUUUGCACCGCUUUGAAGAAGGAAGGGCCCCCUGGUUUGAUCCUGGAGCCCAAUAACCAGUUUAGGUUCUCUAUUUUUGGCGCGCGCAACGGCACGGUAGACCCAAAAGUUGUAACCGUGAAUCGAGGCAAAAAGAACGUCAUGGACGUAGGCCAAGUACUCGCAGUGGACGGGAAGGACAAGCAGGAUCUAUGGAGAGACCAUUGCAAUGAGUACGGAGGAACUGAUGGGACGGUCUUCCCCCCGUUUUUGACAGAAUUUGACAGACUGCAAUCGUUUUCUGGGGAUCUGUGCAGGUCUUUCAAACCCUGGUACCAAAAGAAGACCUCAUACCGCGGCAUCAAGACGAACCGCUACGUCGCCAACAUCGGGGACUUGGCCAACGACCCUGAGCUCAACUGUUUCUGCGAGACCCCAGACAAGUGCCCUCUAAAGGGCCUCAUGGACAUAACCAAGUGCGUGGGCGCGCCGAUGUACGUGUCCAUGCCGCACUUCUUGGACAGCGAUCCCUCGCUCGUGCAGAACUGCAAAGGGCUGAACCCUGACGUCAAUGAGCACGGCAUCGAGAUUGAUUUUGAGCCGAUAAGCGGAACGCCGAUGGUGGCUCGCCAACGCGUGCAGUUCAAUAUGCUGCUGCUGAACACGGACAAGCUGGAGCUCUGCAAGAACAUGCCUAACACUUACGCGCCCCUGUUCUGGGUAGAGGAGGGUCUGGCUCUAAACAAGACGUUCGUGAACAUGCUGAAACACCAGCUGUUCUGGCCGAAGCGAGCCGUGGGCGUCAUCAAGUGGAUGCUGGUCUCGUUCGGAAUCCUCGGCGCGCUGGGCGGGGCGGUGUUCCACUUCAAAGGGGGUAUAAUGAACUUCGCCGUGUCCAAAAACUCAGCGUCAGUGGCCAAGAUCAAGCCCGAGGAUGGGGCCAAGGAGGUCAGCGUGAUCGGCGCCCACGAGCCGGCCAAGGUCAUGUAAUGGGCGCGGCGGCUCCUGGUCCCCUGGGCCCCCUGGAGCCGUUACUUGAUGGUCUAUAGGCUUGCUCGGCAAGUUUUGCCUGAUUUCCGCAGAUUCAGAGCUUAGAUUCAGGACUAAGCCUAAUUGCACCAUUCCACCCUGGGGUUAACCGGUUAACCUGGAGUUACCAUGGUUCCAAGUACAAUUUGACGCUGGAUUAACGGUUUAACCACUUAACCCCGGGUAAGUGGGAUGGUGUAACGUCCACUCAGGCCUUGCACUAAGGCAGAUAUCACACUGGCGUCGCAUUAGAAAACGGCACUGUUUGAUAACAACCUAAGGGUGUCACCACAUUUCGCAACACCAAAUAAAGUACCUAACCUAUGCAAUGUGCAAUCGAACAAACUGAUUUGUGACGGUUUCAUGGUGUAAUAAUAAGUAAUUUUAUUUUUUAAAUCAAUGUCACUUUAUGUCAAUAACGUAAUUUUGAUAUUUACUUACCUCAAAUUGGCUAUAACCCUAACUUAGGCGGUAUUUUGUGUUGUAGACCGAGCUUGACAACUGCAAUACCUACGAUUUGACUUGCUGGGCAAUGUGGAAAAAUGCCUGUUUUCGGCUUAAGCCGAUAAAUGUGGUGACACCCUUAAUCUACACCUACUACAAUAAUUAUAUAACGCGCUGUAUUACAAUACGUUUAUGUUGCACUGCAAUCUACCACUACCAGCAAUCAUAUCGAAUGCAUCACGACUUCCGACGUGUCGGAAGCCGGUGUUGCUCGAAGCAUCACGAGCACGACAGAACCACACAACAGAACAGAGUAACACUUCUUGUCCGCCCCGUUUGACUAUUGUGUGAUUACAUAAAUACCUCAAAUUUAAAACUUUGACAUUGAAUCAUUAAUUUUGUAAGUAUCUAAGUGCAACAGAGGCGGAUGAUCAAAUUCUGAGAUAAACACAACUUGUAAAUUUAAUGUCAAUUUUCUUGUACUUCGCCGUGUUUUCCAAACGUUUGAGUUAUCUCUUUCCUUAACCCGUGAAGCGCCAUAGUAUCACACGUGUGAUACUAACUCCAUACUGUGAUACUGGGAUGCUCCACAGGUUAAUAGAAAACAAGAAAUACAAAAUAAUUGCCAUCGUCCUUUCCUAACCAUGCAUAUUUUUCUUUGUUCUUUUUUCUCUUGCACCAACUUUACAAUACAUUACAAUGUAAGAUACUGGAUGUACAAAACUAAAUAUAAGUAAAUUUUCAUUAAUUGUAUUUAUUUAUUUAGAUUCUAGAGAUUGUAAUUAUGUUAUGGUCUGUACCUAUAGGUACCAAAACUGACUUACUUACCUGAGAAAUAUUACAUAUUUUGGUAUUUUAUUAUAAAUGGCACUUAAAAUAUUAAUUUCCUUUCAGAUACAGAACUUACAAACAAACUUCUUACUGUUAUAUUUUACGUUGCAUGUAAAAACUUUUUGUAUCUAAUUUAACUCUUAAGACUUUCUACAUUGUAAAAGUAGGUUAUUAGAAAUUCUAUUAGAACCACAAUAACUAGUCUUUCUUUAAAUUAUUUCUGUAGUUAAAAGUUUCAAACAAAUGUACUUACUUUUAGUUCUAUUUUCACUGAAGUUUAUUCAUUACAUAAGUAUUUAAUUUAAAAUAGAAUUAGAAUUGUGAUUUUAAUUAAUUGUAAGUCGAAAUAAAAUAGAAUUCACUAA